CCGAAUUGGAUAUAUCCGUCGGCUGGCAUUCGUCUGCUGCUAGAUUGGCCCUUCGAGUGGCGCGUAUCUGCGGAUCUGUACUAAUUGCUCUCUGUCUCGGUUAGUCAGUGGUUUUGUGAGCAACUAAUUGUAUCGGAACUAACUCAACUGCAGCUUGACAAAGUGUAGCAUCUAAACAUCUAGAGAAAACCGUUGGGUCGCGAAAGCGCUUAAGCAAGUGUCUUAAAGAUACAGGGGCAGUCUAUAAAAAGAAUACACAUACCUGAAUAUAUUCCAAUCGCGUUCGCGUAACAAAAAAAAUGAAUAGAUAAAGCAACAACAAUAACAGAAAUUAUUACGAAAAUGCGCCAAGAAAAUUAAAAAGUGCAGAUAUAUUUCGAUCGUACUGAAGCGAAGAAAGUAUCUGCUGUUUAUUUAUGUUGAACGUGUGUGAGUGGGGGGUACAAACAGCUGUUGGGGCAACAAAAGCAUCGAAUAGUCCGAGCGUUGAAUACAUUUCGACAGCAGACGCAAAACGCCAACAAUAGUGAAAAUUCUUUCAUUUCCAAGCUUCUAAAAAAUCGACAAUUUUUAAUUCCCCGCCAUUUUUCUCCAGCUGCCAAACCACAAUUGCCCGAGGCAAAUGUGCCACUCUGAUUAGAACCGAAAACAGUUGAAAUACUCCCGCGUCAUGUAUUUACCGGAAACGCUCCUACUGGCCUGCCUUGUGCUGCUGUUCGGAGGACUACCGCAUCUCACUUCGCCCACAACAACCACAACCUUAGUGGCGGCCAUGUCCAUUGCCAAUCAGGACCUGGAACGUUACUUUAGGCCAGGAAAUGGCACGCACACCUUCUCCAGCAUGGAGGACCGCAUCGCUGUGGACGUCUACAACUACGCCUUCCUCAACUGGUCGUAUGUGGAGCACGGCAACACUCUGUGUAACAUGGACUUUGCCCAGGAACAGGCUCGCUACGGUGAGGGCAAGGUGUUGAACGUAACGGGUCGUCUUGUACACAUCAGCGCCUCGGACAACGUCAGUGACGACUUUGCCUGUACACCGUACAUCAAGGGAACCCAGGGAGCCCCCAUACCAGACAAAGGCGUGACCUGGAUAGCCUUGGUCCGGCGCGGACGCUGCACCUUCGAGGAGAAAGUCAAACAUGUCUACCAGCAGAACGCAGCCGGCGUCAUUAUCUACAACGACAAGCAAGUGAUGCAAUUGGAGAAGAUGCAGAUCAAGGGCAAGACAAGAAACAUAGCGGCAGUGAUAACUUAUCAGAAUAUUGGACAGGAUCUGGCCAUUACUCUUGAUAGGGGCUACAAUGUGACCAUCUCGAUCAUCGAGGGUCGACGGGGUGUACGCACCGUCAGCAGCUUGAACCGAACAUCAGUGCUGUUCGUAUCCAUAUCAUUUAUCGUGUUGAUGAUUAUUUCGCUGGUUUGGCUCAUCUUCUACUAUGUUCAGAGAUUCCGAUACAUGCAGGCGAAGGAUCAGCAAUCGCGCAAUCUUUGCUCUGUUACCAAGAAGGCCAUUAUGAAGAUUCCAACGAAAACGGGUAAAAUUAGCGAUGAGAAGGAUUUGGACAGCGACUGCUGUGCCAUAUGCAUCGAGGCCUACAAGCCCACGGACACCAUACGGAUAUUGCCAUGCAAGCACGAGUUCCAUAAAAACUGCAUCGAUCCUUGGCUCAUUGAGCACCGAACCUGUCCCAUGUGCAAGCUCGACGUUCUCAAGUUCUACGGCUAUGUGUUUCUAGGCAGCGAGGAAAGUAUCCUGGAAUACCAGCCGGAUCCCCCGCAGGGAAUGACCAUUGUGGAAGCUGGUGGUGGAAGCUCUGCGGACCCUACAGCCGGAGCAACUCAGCCUAGGCCUAGCGCCUUGGCGGAUCUCAUUCGAAGUCGCGACUUUGUAAUCGAUUUUCCGCGAGUAUUUGUCCUCGACAGCGGUAGUGUUGUGGGGGCACGCGAAAUGCUUUUCCCGACUCGCCUACCCGAGCGCUCGCAGAGCUCCCUGUCGCUGAGACAAGCCCGCGAUUGGAUGAGCCUAAUGAGCAACAAGCUGGAGGAGCAGCAGGGUCUGCGCCGCCUGCGCAAGGAUGAAAUGCAGCAGCAACUUCUAAGUGCGCGUGAGUCGGCUCGCCACCGUCGAUCGCGUUCUGCGGAUGGACGCUACUCAACCGGAUGCUUUGGUGGUCGCCAACGCCAGUCCUCUGUGCAGACUUCUGGGCCAACUCAGGCGCAGCUGCACAUCGAUGCCACCCAGCUGCGCCGCUCCAGCUCAUCCCGGGCCUUGCAGGAGUUGACGGACGCCGCCUACGCCCAGUCAAGGCAGCGACAGCGAGAAACCUUUGACUUUGCCAGGACUCGGCGCCGAUUCAUGAGGCGCGAAAGCGACGAGAUAUCCUUGCGCUCACUGCCCAGACGAGGAGCAGCCCCUGCUCCUCCCCGGCAGUUGCAUCGGGAGAGGGAGGCCGAUGCAAGCGGUCACAGUGACCAAAUUACUAUUCAGGUGAACGGGGAAGGUGUCGACCUCAACGAGUGAUUGAAACUGCAUACGCUUAUUUAAUGAAGUAAUUGUAUAAAAUAUAAUGUAUCUAUUUUAGAAACUGUAAAGUAAUAAUGUUAAUGGACUUUUAUGAAUGAUCCAAAUAUGGAGAGUCAUAUCUCGUUAAACUCCUAAUAAAGUUCGCAAAGUAUUGAGGCCUAUAAA